UCCUUUGUUAUCGUUCAGUUUGCCUUACCGCUUGUGCAUAUGCAGGCGGUUUGCCAACGUCGACGCCGCGAUUUACCCAAAAAACUCAACCGCCGCGAUUCAAGUUAGCAUAGAAUAGAAACAAAUGCAACCGUUCAUCAUCGUAAUAUGAUGAUACACGACACGCAACCGCGAGUUUACCAACUAGCGCAGCGUUUAAACUGGUAAAUUGCGGCGUUUACGUUGGCAAACUGCUCUAUCUGAACAAGCCCUUAGUAUAAGAGUAGCAUAAUGAACCUGGUUCACAUAGUGAGUGUAUAGAUUACUGUAUAGAUAGUGUGAUGUGAUUUAGUUUUAGGGUUUUAGCGUCUAAUAGCAAUCGGAAGAAGUGGUAGUAGUAACGAAUUAGUAGGUUUCACUCAGUAAUAAUUUUAACUCUAGUGAAUUAGACUAUAUAAAAUUAUGAAGAUUCUUGGAAAAAUUCUCGUAAUUUUAUUUAUAGGAUACAGUAACACGCAGAAUAAUGAUUUUAACAGAUUUGACACGCAGGGUAUAGAUUUUGCGAAUUUGGAUAGGAGAAUCAAUGGUAUAGAGGAGAACCCACCAAACACACAGGGAUUAAAUUUUAAGCCCUAUGAAUCAUUUGAUAUUAAGCAAUUUGAUAAUUCAGUAACGUUUGAUGGUCGCCGUUUUUGGGAGGACGUACCAACAGAUCCCGAUGCAUAUUUGGCAUAUCUUCACCGUGAAUGUGACAAGUCUGGGCAUCCUGAGAUAUUAAAUAUGGAUAACGAAGUAUAUCGUCAAGCUAAAGUUUGCCUCGGCAGCAGAGCGGAUUACAUAAAAACGACCGUGAGACAAUUUUUUAAUGAGUCUGGACUCAGUGCUAUUCGCCAAAUUGAUUAUAAAGAAGCCUGUAAAGUUUGGCCCGAAGUUCAUAACUGCAUUAACCCUCUUGUGAGUUCCAUUAAACAAUGUUUGAAAAGCGAUGUACAAAAAAUUUUUGAUACAUUCCUUGAAUUCAUCGACGUGUCCCAAAGUUUCUUCUGCGACAACAAUGCGGACCGUAUAUCGAGUUUAGUCAGCGAUGGCUCUGUACAAUGUUUCAGCUUAGUAGAUAAAGAUCUUAAAGAAUGUCAAACUAACUUUAAGAAGAAACUAGGAGACUCAAUAAACGCUAUUAAUAUAUGGGGGGACGUCGAUUCGUAUAAGGUUAUGACUGGGAAGAACUUAGCGGACGAGACUUGUAGCACAUUCAAGUCUUACCGUAACUGCAUCACCUCAAAACUAGCUAAAUGCAAAUCUAAAUAUACUUCCAAAAUUGCAGAUGACUAUUUAGCACUGGUUCAAGACGAGCUCAAAUUCUGCGGUUCGCCACGAUGGUUUCCAAGUACUAAUGCUAUGAUAUUCAUAGGACUUGGUGUAGUUACUAUUAAUUGUAUUCUAUUUUUAGGUUUUAGGGCAUUAGGGGCUAGAAUUGCUAAAAAACGACAGCAACUAUGUUCCUCACGUAUAACAGCCUCUGGCCAAAUACCAUAUACAAAUGUCUAAUGUCUAAUGCAGCGGUUCUCAAACUGUGGUACAUGUACCACUAGUGGUACAUAUCAAUAUUUGAGGUUGUACAUAAGACGCAAAAACAGCCCAAAUCAGCACCAUUAUUAUAGUUAAUUCGAUCACCUAGCUAGAUAGGUAUUUCAGUUAGGUGGUACCAAAAAUAUUAAAGGUGGUAAAAAAUAUUUGGUGGUACAUGACUCAAAAGAUUGAGAACCGCUGGUCUAAUGCAAAUUAAUAUGUUAAUAAAUUAGGUACAUUUUUCUCCGUUCACCAAGAAAAAAGUAAAUAGAGACAAACUUAUGAUUGAAUUGAUAGUAAUUGUAAUAGUGCUUUAAAGCUACACUCUCGUUUAUACAACAAUUUAGCUCAUAGCCAUACAUUCAGUAAUACAGUUGGGUCCAUGAUUCUUUACCCGUGCGAGCAUACGAAAUCGAAAAUCUAUUCCACGUAACAGCAACUGACAGAAAGUGGCUAUAGCUCCGAUCACGGAUUAUAUUAAAAAUUUGACGUUAUCAAAAAAUAAAUAAAAUGUAAAAUGUUGGUUUUGCUUUAAAAUUUUGGUGCAAAAUUACAGCUACAUUUGAAGUAGCUUAAUAAAUCCUUUUAAUAUCAUUAGUGUAAUUAAAUAUUUGUUGUAAUAUAAACAUUUGACAUAAAAUAUUUUCUUUUUGUUAUUUAUUUCACUUUUAUGGAAACCUAAACAAAACCAGAUGAGGUUAACUUUGUAUAAAAUUAAUGGAGACUUAGCUUAAGAUUUCAAUCUCCAAUAUAAAAUUAGUUGUGAAAACGAUUGCUUGUGUAAUAUAAAUAACUUCUAAAUGCAAAAACAAGAAAAAAACAACGAACUGUCAACACUGAUGGAAUCGCCAUGAAGCAAAUUUAAUGGCGCCAGGAUGAGAUAGAAGAUAAUCAGGUAAAGGAGGGAAGAUAAUCGCCAUCUUUCGUAAACAAACACUAGUCAGGUAUGUUGUAGUUGUAGCAAAUUUUACCAGACAAAUUCUCUGUCUCUCUCAUGUCUCUCUAGAAGUGCUAUAACCUCUCUCUUGUAUGUUGGCGCCUAUCUCGCUUCACUGUUGGAAUGGGACGGGGCCAUUCCAUCAGUGUUGACAGUUCGUUGGAAAAACCGCAUAAAAUCCAACAAACUGACAGUGACAAGUAAACAAACGAGAAACGUCACAAACACAAAUUGUACUUAAAAUUUGAAAACGUCCCAAGUCUUUUUUGUACCUAUCUCUUUUCAAUUUACUGAGUCUAAAGCGUUCAUAAAAAUAACAAGUGUCUUUACUUAAUAACAGUCUUUAGUUUCGGUAGCUGGUUUGUCUUUAGUUUCAUGCGAGGAAGAGAAUGAUGCUAGAUACUACUACAUUGUUUGAUUUGCUUGUCUGGAUAAUGUUCAGAAGAAAUGCGUUCAAUGUGCUUCCCUGUUUAGGAUUUUGUCCUCUUCAGGGUUUGAGGUGAAUGUUUAGUGUUGGCAGCAAAAGCAAACAGUCCGAAAAACACACUGGGGCAAGCGCCGUGUCCUGGUGUUCUUGGAUCCUGGGUUAUGCCGGACGGUGGUGUCCAGAAGGCUAAGAAGUCAACAGAGAAGAAAGUUUGAUGGAUUGUUGUUGGUUCCAUAGACAUUUACGUGUACUGUCUGUGCUUUGCUCUCGACCAGUCUCCCUAGAAACCAUUGUACAACGACAGGCGAACCUGCGUCCCUCGUCGGCGGUCAGGAGGUGGCUUUGAGCGCAGCGUGGACAGUGAGCGUUCGAGUGGAGAAAAUAGUUGCGGCUAUUUUCUUGGGACGAACAGGUAUAAUUGUGCAAUGAAGUUGGGAAACCGCAAAAAACCAACUUCUCCCUGUUCGGGGUAGGGAAGAGGAAAUGUUAGAGGUGGGUACGGUAGGCUAACGGGGUAGCCUCAAGGAUGUUUUCGUACUCCACCGGGAGUUCGUCAAUGCAUGUUUGCAUUAGAGCGGACGGUACAUGAAUCUUUUUGCGUUUGGGCUUUCGGUGGAGUACGUGGCCGGAAGAUGAACAGGAACAUUUGAGAGAUUCUUGUGUGUCGGAAGGGGGGCCGUUGAUUACUUUGAUUGUGAAGUUCCUGUUCAGAGAGUUUAUUCUCUCGGUGAUUUUGGGGGUGUUCGAGAUGUUAUGGAUUUCGUUUGAGGGGUAUCGCCAGUGCUCAUAGUUACAUCUACGCAAGACUCUACGCUCUGUCCUCAACAACCUCUCUUGUUUUUGUCUUGAGCAAAGAGAGUAGAUACAUGAUUUGUACUCCAUGACGGGUCGAAUAAAGGACUUGUAAGUGUGAAUGAGAGUCUUCUUGUGUGUCUUGCCAAUUUUUCCAGAGAGAGCGUUGAGAAGUCUGGCCCUGUUCCUUACCCUAUCUAAAGUUGCCUUUAGAUCUGCGUCCCAGUUGAGAGUCCCGGUAAACAGUACUCCCAAAUAGUUCACAGUCGGGCUAACAACAAGCCUUUCUCCCAACAGACUCAGAGGAUAUUGGUCGUCUUCAUUGCGAAUGAUUCUAUUUGACACAGAAGGGGCGCGAAACACAAUUGUUGUUGUUUUGUUCGCGUUCAGCGUGACUCUCCACUUACAACACCAUUCGCCGACGCCGUCCAACAGAGCCUGGGCUCUUCUGAAGAGGAGUCUUGGGUUGUAUCGAGAGGUAGUUGAGAGCAGAGUCGUGUCGUCUGCAUAGAGAAACAACCGAGUACCUGGGAUAUUUUGGUUAGUGAUGUCGCUGUUGUAGAUGAUGUACAACAGCGGCGCUAGGACUGAACCCUGGGGAACUCCAGCUUGUGGAGUGAAGGGGGUGGACUUUUGAUCGCCUAUUUUAACUCUGACAGUACGGUUGUGGAGGUAGGAGUGUACAAUUUUGGUAAAUUGCAAUGGUAGCCCGAUGUCCAGAAGUUUCCGAACAAGCCCGUCGUGCCAGACCUGGUCGAAAGCCUUCUGCACAUCCAGAAAUGUGGCUAUGGCGAAUGAACCAUCGUUGAUGGUUUGAGUAACUUUGGUAGUGAAAUCUAUUAAUGCAUGUUUAGUAGAUUUACCUGACUGGAAUCCAUAUUGGAAUUUUGGAAUGAUAUUGGAUGCUAGAUAAGAAGUAGGUAUGUGUGUUGUCUGGCCAGGUAUAAGGAUUUUCAUUCACAGUCAUUUGUUUUGAGCUCCUGUCAUAAGUCGUAUAAUUCGUGUAUAUUAAUAUUAUACACAGAUUAUACAAUAUAUGACAGAAGGUCGAAACAAAUGACAAUCGACGAAAAACCCUAUUAAUGACGCACGGGUAAAGAACCCGGGACUCAAGUGUACAGUCCGUACAAUAUAGAUACCGUUGCACGUCAUCCGCGUCAUAGCACGUGACGUCACAAGAUACCAACACGAAAUAUUUAAGUAGUAGGUGUGUACCUUUUUAGAAUCGUUUAGCUGAGUACACUGGAAUUACAUCCACUAGACAUAUUUUAUUAUAUGCGCGUAGAAAUAAUAUUGGAAGAUUUCUAUUAUUGUAAAUUUAAAGAAACAUACUGUAAUUUGUUUCAUUUAAUUUGUAUAAUUGGAAUAAAGAGCGUUUUUAUCAAUCACACUUGUUCGGAUUACACUCUAACUGUGUUCGAACAAAGGUGACAUUUUGACAUAAAUUGGUAACAUUCAUUUUACUGUUACAGUGUUUACACUUCAGAUUUGUUUUUGUUCUUUACUAUAAGUAUUUGUUUUAUUAUAUUUUUUUGUUAUUUACUUUAACGUAAGAUUAAAUUUAAUUAAUCUUAAACUUAAUUCUUAUUUUCUAUUUCUAGGGUUUUUAUUUAUUUACAUUGAAUAUUAAUUUUGCUUUGUUGUAUAAUCCACUUCGCAAUAAUUAUGUGAUAUAUUUGAUUUAAAAUUAAUUCAAGAAUUUUUUUUAAUUGGCAACAACGUCAACUUAGAUCUCUGACGUAGAUAAUGACGUCAACGGUAUCUAUAUUUUAUGGACUGUACUUACCUACAGUUUAUCCCAAAUCCUUUUUUCAGUGCGUCAUUAAUUUUGACGUCAUAUAAGAUUUUAAGAAUGUCGUGCAUCACUGCAUGACAUUUUAGUUAAAUCUGACAGUUGUCAGAAUAUUUAUAUUUAUGUUUAUAUAAAUAUUUGCCAGAAGAUUAAUAUUUAAAAUAUUCUAAGAAACAAAUAAAUAAAUAUAGAAUAAAAAUGUCCGAAUAUACAAAUGACAUAAAAUAACAUAAAAUGACAUAAAAUUUACGUCGUUGAAAAAUACUAACCUAGAAUUACAAUAAUUAUUGUCAUUUUACCCGUUAACAUUGUGAAAGUACUGUCACGAUAGAUUACUUUUGUUUCAAAUUAUCUUUAUUCGCAUCAUGGAUUGGUUAUCUAUUUACAGUAUUGUAAUUGUCAACCAGUUAUAUAUCUUAGUAUAAGUCGCUUUAAUAUGGAAAUACGUUAUAUGCAUAAUAAUAAUGGACAUACGUUUUUUUCUGUCUACUUCGAGCUUAACGCGUUAGAGCAAAUUCGACAAACCGUGGCGCACUAAAAAAAAGUUUGGUAUAAACUAUAUACACAAUCACAAUUUGAAAUUAGAUUUCAGUUUUUGUGGACACUAUAUCUACACAGAAAUUAAACCUACAGCUCCGUAAACAAGUGGAUUGUUUAAGUAUACAGCUUUUUUAAUAUACUUUUGUUGAUAUUGCCUAAUUGAUCCAGUGUUUAAGUUGUUUUUAAACAAAUAAAUAUAUGUUAUAAAUUACCUUAAAUUUUCUGUUAGUCAUGUUCAUUCGCGGUCAUUGAAUAGUUUACACCUUCAUUUUUAUAUUGUAAUACUUUAAAACCGCAGUGCCGUGCUGUAGUCGUACGAAUUUAGUAAAUGUGAAAAUUGCUUGUCAAAAAUUUCGCGCGUAUUGAAAAAUAAAAUAAUAUACUCCGUCUAAUAUAUUUUCUUUUGCACGUCAUCCGCGUCAUAGCCCGUGACGUCACAUGAUACCAACAUGAAAUAUUUAGGCGGUAGGUGUGUUCUUUUUUAGAAUCAUUUUGCCGAGUACACUGGAAUUACAGCCACUAGAAAUAUUUUAUUAUUUAUACGCGUAGAAAUAAUAUUUGAAGAUUUCUAUUAAUGUUAACUUAAAGAAGUUCAUAAUAUUAUGUUUCAUUUAAUUUGUAUAAAUGGAUUAUAAAGCGUUUUUAGGACGCACAUUUGUUCGGAAAAAACUGUAGCUGUAAUCGAACGAAGGUGAUAUUUUGGCAUAAAUUGGUAACAUUUAUUUGACAGUUGCGGACUUCAUAUUUGUUUUUAUUCUUUACUAUACGUAUUUGUUUUAUUGUAUUUACUGUUUUUAUUAUUUACUUUAACGUAAGAUUAUAACUUAAUUCUUGUUUUCUAUUUUUAAUGUUUUUAUUUAUUUAUAUUGGCAUCUCGUCCUAAGCAAUACCUCCUCUGGUGGCUAUUAGAGUAACUGAGCUAAGAGCCAUUAUUUAUUUACUAUCACGUUGAAGGCAUAUUGUCAUUGGAGACUUUGUUUGUUUAAUCACGUUUAAUUGUUGCUGUAUAUUACUUCGUGGCUAAAUUGUAACAUAUUAGUGUAACUUCAUGACUAAAAAAUAGAACAUUAACAAUAAUAAUUACGAUCUUUGGUGUACACUAACCUGAGAUAUUUUUUUCUUAUAAAGUUCACUAAAAUAAAAGUUAUAACUAACAAAAUUGUCUAUUAAUCAAUAAUAAUAAUCGAUAGUCACACAAAAUAUAAUUAAAUUAAAAAAAAACACAGAUAAACGAACAAAACUAACUCAAAAACAUAAAACUAAUGCAACAUACAAUAUGUAAACAAUUACAAUGGCUCUUAGCUCGGUUCAAUUUGAUACCACAUUGGUUCUGCGAUCUUAAUCCGAAUCGCCAAUUAUACAUUAAUUUGGUUUGUUGUAUAAUCCACUUCGCAAUAAUUAUUUGAUAUAUUUGAUUUAAAAUAAAUUCAAGAAUUUUUUGUAACUGGGCAACAGUGUCAACUUAGAUCUCUGACGUAGAUAAUGACGUGCAACAGUAACUAUAUUAGACGAACUGUAGUUAUUUAUGUACACUUCGCGGCAUAUAAAACUGAUAUUACUUUUUUUUCCCAACGUAAACGAAUCACUUCGUUGUUGCCAUCACAGAUAACGGAAUUGCACUAAAUCUAAAUACAAAAAAAUAACGUUUAAAAUGUAUAUUUCGAAUUGUAAUAUAUAUAUUUAAAUUCCACACUUUUUCACUGUAAAAGUUAUUCAUUUUGUUUAAUUUCAAAUUUAAUUUUUAAUUUUUCCAGUGUGUUUUAUUUAUUCUACACAACUUAAUGCAGUUUUGUCCUACAAUUUACGAGAAUUCAAUCACACCUCUCGAUUUGACAUUAAACAUAAUAAUUUAAAAUCAUGUCAAGAUUUAUUAUCUAUCAUUAUUUUUGAAUUGAAAUAUUUUCAUAAAUUAUAAUAAAAAACGAAUCAAUGUAUGGAUACUUAAUUGAGAUGACGGAAAAUCAGAAUUGUUUUAGUUUUAGUAUAUUAAAAAAUGCGGUCUGUCGCACAGCCCCGUUUUUACCUAGUUUGAUAUAAUAUUUUCGUUGAACUGACAACGUUGCCCUAGAAAUUAGAAUGACACUUGUGACAAGAUCGACUUACACAACUUGAAAAACACGAUUUUCGGUUAUAAGAGUUGUACCAGUUUUUUUUUUGAAGCGAAGUGUACCAGAUCAGUAACGUGACUCUAUCGAACGAGUGUGAUAUUACGAGCAGAGGAAGCUAAGCGUAUGAGGCGAGUAACAGUCGAGUUAGGUAAAGAAUCUUUACUGACGUGGUGCAUACAAAAUUUAAUCGCCAAUCAUAAAAACAUUAAGACUUACUUAACACUUAGGUACUUAAUAACAUCCUUGUAAUGAAAGAAGAGUGUUUGUACUUUGUACGCACGUAAGAAGUUAUACUUCUAUUAUUAUGAUUUUAACGAAAUACAUAUAUUUUAAACAGUU